CAGAGGGCCAAUGGCGCAGGAGGAGGGCGUCCCCACAGCCUUGGCUGAAAACCGGGUUCGACGCGCGACAAACUAGGAGGCUCAGGCCUUCCAAGAUAAGACCGCCGCCUCCUCCUCCUCCAUACACAUUUAUUUCUAAAUACAGUAAUAGCAACACUCUCAGGAUGCUGAGGAGGUGCAUAUAUAUUUCCUGGCUCCUGGUCGCCCUGCAAGGGAGAAGGGCAGCCUCUGAGGCGGCGACGCUCAGCCUGAAGGGGCUCUGGUGGCUGAGGAACGGGAACGGAUCGGUGGCGCUGAGCGGGGACGUCCCCGGCUGCGUCCACACGGCGCUGCUCCGAAGCGGGAUCAUCCAGGAUCCUUAUUACAGAUUUAAUGACUUGGCGUAUGCGUGGAUAGCUCUGGAUAACUGGACUUACAGCAUAAGAUUCAAAAGUCCUUUUGAUGUCAGUUUGUGGGAAAAAGUGAGUUUGGUCUUUGAAGGAGUGGAUACCGUAGCACAGGUUGUGGUCAAUAAUGUCACUAUUGGGAAGACGGACAACAUGUUCAACAGCUAUAGGUUUGAUAUUACUGAUGUCAUCAAGGAGAUUAAUGCAAUUCAGGUUCAUUUUGUGUCUGCUGUUUGGUAUGCUGCGGAGCAGAGUAAAAUUCACAAAGCAUACCAGGUACCUCCUGAAUGCCCUCCCCCUGUACAGAAAGGACAAUGUCAUGUUAAUUUCAUCAGAAAGGAGCAGUGUUCUUUUAGUUGGGACUGGGGUCCCUCUUUCCCCACUCAGGGAAUUUGGAAGGAUGUUAGAAUUGAAGCAUAUAAUCUUUGUCAUCUGGUUUAUUUCUCUGUGACUCCUCACUAUGCACGAAAUACUCAGCAGUGGAGUCUUGAAAUAGAGUCGGAUUUUGAUGUUGUCAGCUCAAAGCCAGUUUCUGGUCUUGUGAAAGUGAGCAUUCCUGAGCUGCAGACACAGCAAACAUUCACUAUGAAGCUUCAUCCUGGGGAAGACCACAUUGUGCUGCUCGUAAACAUGAGUAAGGAUGUGACACUGGAAACAUGGUGGCCCAGAGGACAUGGAAACCAGACUGGAUACAACAUGACAACAGUAUUUGUUAUGGAGGGAGGUUAUAAGAUUGAGAAGUUUUCAAAGGUUUAUUUCCGAACAGUAGAACUGGCAGAGGAACCCAUUCCUGGGUCACCUGGUUUAAGUUUUUAUUUCAGAAUCAAUGGAAUUCCAGUUUUUCUGAAGGGGUCCAACUGGAUUCCAGCAGAUUCCUUUCAAGACAGAGUGACGCCUGGCAUGUUAAGGCUCCUCUUACAAUCCACAGUUGACGCCAACAUGAAUACACUUCGUGUUUGGGGAGGAGGUAUAUAUGAGCAAGAUAAGUUCUAUGAUAUCUGCGAUGAACUAGGAAUCAUGAUUUGGCAGGACUUCAUGUUUGCCUGUGCCCUUUACCCAACUGAUCAAAGCUACAUAGAUUCAGUAAAAGCUGAAAUUACUCACCAGAUGAAACGACUAAAAUCUCAUCCAUCUAUCAUUGUGUGGAGUGGGAACAAUGAAAAUGAAGCAGCAAUUGCAGCCAACUGGUUCUCCAUUCCACAUAUGAAGAUGAACAUCUAUGUCAAAGAUUAUGUCACACUUUACGUCAAGAAUAUCCGAGAAAUUGUUCAUGCUGAGGAUAAGAGUCGCCCUUUUAUUACCUCAAGUCCCACUAAUGGUGCAGAGUCAGUUAAGGAAGGCUGGCUGGCCCAUAAUCCUUAUGACACUCAUUAUGGAGAUGUUCAUUACUACAAUUACAAGAAUGACUGCUGGAAUUGGACCACAUACCCCAGAGCACGAUUUGCCUCAGAGUAUGGUUUUCAAUCUUGGCCUUCCUUCAGCACCCUGGCACAGGUAUCAUCUGAGGAGGACUGGUCCUAUGUAAGCAACUUCUCUCUACAUCGACAGCACCAUGCAGAGGGCAAUGACCAAAUGCUUCUACAGGCAGGCCUCAAUUUUAAGCUGCCUCAGGAAAAAGACCCCAUCAAGAACUUCAGACAAACAAUUUACCUUACUCAGAUUAUGCAGGCUCAGUGCACAAAAUCUGAAACAGAGUUCUAUCGUCGCAGCCAAAGUGAAAUUGUCAAUGGAGAGGGACGGACCAUGGGCGCACUAUAUUGGCAACUCAAUGAUAUCUGGCAGGGCCCUUCCUGGUCUUCUUUGGAAUAUGGCGGCAAGUGGAAAAUGCUACAUUAUUUUGCCCAGCACUUCUUCGCCCCUUUAUUACCUGUGGCACAUGAGGAUAAAGGUGUCCUCUACAUAUAUGGUAUCUCGGAUCUUCAUUCAGACCAAAAGGUGACACUCAGAGUCAUUCUGUAUGACUGGAGCAGGCUGGAGCCUGCAUGUACCUUGGAAAAAGAGGGUGUGAUUGUGAAGGCAAGGAGUGCUGUACCCAUCUAUAAAGAGCCAGUCAGUGAGCUUUUAAAAAAAUGUGGAAACUGUACCAGGCAAAGCUGUGUCAUCACCUUUUACAUGGAGGGCGAAGGCCAGCUAUCCAGUCCAAGCAAUCACCACUUCCUGUCCUCACUGAAGGAUGCCAUGGGACUAAAGAAUCCACAGCUUCAUGCUUCUGUUACCCAAGAAGAAGAUCAUUUUCGUCUUCUCCUGGAGGCUGCAGCCGUUGCUCCGUUUGUUUGGCUGGAUGCUGAGAACAUCGCAGGGAGAUUCAGCGACAAUGGUUUUCUUCUCACAGAGAAGAGAAAACUCAUAUUGUUUUAUCCCUGGGAGACUAUUAGUGCCAAGGAAUUGGAAAACUCGCUCAGCUUAACAUCACUGACAGAUAUUUCCUGAAGAAACCCCUGCAAUAGCGGAGAGGAAGACCAAUGGAAAUGGAAAGCUCUUGCAAUAAUAUUAUUCAGCAUCAAUAUAGGCACAAAAUGGGACCAUUAAACAUCAUUCUUAAGCCAGCUUCUUACCCUCAUGGGACCCCUCUCUUUUGUGGACUGAAGCCAAGAAUGAAUCUAGACAGAGUGAGUCUGUUUUUAGAGUGAGAUGCACACAUAUGCUCAGAGAGCUUGAUGAGAACCUCAUUUAGAACCAAAAUUUAUAUUUCUGAUGGAAACAUACACUGCAGCAUGAAGAGACUAGGGAUUUGUAUUCAUGCAUACACCCAGCCAGUGCCCAAUUUACAGGAGAGCUGGCCCCACUUUCCUCUUGUACUUCCCAUCCUUAACUCCUGUUUUUUAAAAACUCAGUGGAAGGAAGCACAGUUUGGUUAAAACUGGAGGGUUGAAACCAUGGAUGUGGAUUUAACUGAGAGUCACUCCGUAUGUUUGGAGAACUGCCCCUCCUCUCUGGGUGGCAUGGUGAAAUUUGUAACACUGAAAGGUUUUACAAGGAUGAUCAGGUUGUCACAGAAUUCCAGGUACCACUUGUUGUCUGUGCAUCAAAAGAGGACAAGAAACAGAUAAGCAUACAAGUGGCAAUGGUUAUGAAAAGAGUGCCUUGGCUUUUCCUAACCCAGUAACUCUUCAUUAGAAGAAGAGCAUUCAAGUCAGAGUUUCUGUAAGUCUGGCACCUUAAAACACUGAUUCCUUUCCCAGAAUGAGAUUUUCUCAGUUAUGUGCCAUAGCAAUAAUAUUUGUAAAUUAAGCCCAUGCCUGAGCUCCUGCAUCAGGAGACAGAGCUAUGAUGACAUAGCAAUGUCUCUGUAGAUACAUCUCCCAAUGCUACCCCCCCCCCCCAAUAAAUCACUGUGCUUUGCUCGCCAACACUUUGGAAAUUCCUCUCUUGGGGUGGGUGGUGGGUGGGAGAGGAGGUCACAUGGUUCAAAGUUUGGGGAGACACUUUUGAUUAUUGGGACAAUGCAACUGUAAAAGUGAAUUAUUAUAAGUAUGAUGUAUCAGGCAUACAACACUGUAAUUACUGAGCAGGAUGCCAGCCAAUGAUUAGUAUCUAUUAAUGACCAAACACAAAAAGCAUGCUGAAUUGGUGAGGAAAAUCAUGUGGUAUGACAUACGGGUGUCUUUCACCACUUGGUGGAGCACCUCUGCAAAAAAUAUGUUAAAUACAUAGUCUAGUUUGACACUGACUCAUAAGUAGAAACAGAUUUGUUUCUCAUUAUAAAGGGUGUGGCUUGUACACAAGCCUUGGACUCGCCACAGACAACCUCCAUCAUUCUGAAAAAAAUAUGCAAAAAUUUAGCUUGUCUUUAGGUUUUUCUCAUGAAGACUGAUAAGGGAAAAAUAGCUCAUGUCACUGUUGGUUUACUUGUCUUAAAAACCAUUGUUACAUUCCUAUGGGAGCAAUUCAUCCCAGGUUCUGAUGUCAUGUUUCAGAACAGAAGAAACACUGGAAAUGAUCUCAAUUUUGCAUUUUAUUAUAAAAGUAAAAAGAAAAGCAAGUAUUUAAAAAGCA